UUAAAGACCAAAUACACAAAUUACCCUAAACCAUAAGGACCAUUUGUGUAAUUUACUCUAUUUAUUAAAUGUUUAUUUUUUUUAUGUUUUUUUAUUUUUUUAUUUUUUUAUUUUUUUUUCCAUGUUCUGAUGUUCUUCUAGAAACGUUUCAAAAGAAGUCUAUUUACCAACGUAAACAAAAUCUUCAAGAACUCGAUUUUUUGUUAAAUGUCACUUAAAGAAGUAAAGAACUUAUUAAGAUGUUAUUAAAUUGCAAAAUUCAAUGAGACCACCUUAAUGAAUAAAGAGAAAACUGCCCAAAUUAAUUUUACCUUUAUUUGGUCAAACCUUCGUCAAUAUAAAAUUGUAUUUUACCCUCCAUCUCAUGCAGAAAAAAAAACAUGGCUUCUUCAAGAUUUGUUCUUUUCCUACUACUAUCACUUGCUUCAUUUUCAUAUUCACAUCAAAUCCAAGAAACCUUUUUGCAAUGUCUUUCCGACAUCCUAGUCCCCAACACUUUCCUCACCCCUGACUACGCCGACUUCACCCCACUUCUCACCUCCAGAGCCAUAAAUCUUCGCUUCACAACCCCAUCAACUCCCAAACCCGAAGCUAUUUUCACUCCUUUGAAUGAAACCCAGAUCCAAACCGCAGUUAUUUGUGCCAAAAAGCUCGGGAUUCAAGUUCGGGUUAGAAGUGGAGGGCAUGAUUACGAAGGGUUGUCAUACACAUCAGUUAUGAAUUCUAGUUUUGUCGUAAUUGACUUGUCAAAGAUGCGUGGUAUUAACGUCGAUACUACUGAAAAUUCUGUUUGGGUGGAGGCCGGAGCCACCAUUGGCGAGCUUUACUAUCGAGUGGCGGAGAGAAGCAAAACCCUAGGAUUUCCAGCUGGGAUUUGCACGAGUUUGGGUGUCGGUGGACAUGUCACCGGAGGUGGGUAUGGAACGAUGAUGAGGAAAUAUGGUCUUGCAGCGGAUAAUGUGUUAGAUGCAAGAAUCAUAAACGCAAAUGGAGAUAUUCUUGAUCGGAAAUUGAUGGGGGAGGAUGUUUUUUGGGCUAUACGUGGUGGUGGCGGGGGUAGUUUUGGAAUCAUUGUUUCGUGGAAACUUGAACUCGUCAAUGUCCCUGAAACUGUGACUGUGUUCGCUGUUACCAAAACAUUAGAACAAGACGCCACCAAGAUUCUUUACAAAUGGCAAGAAGUGGGUUCGGUUUUUAACGAAGAUCUCUUUAUCAAAGUCACUUUGGCUGGAUCGAAUGUAUCGGGUACAACUAAUAAAACAGUAAGUACAACUUACCAAGCAUUGUUUCUUGGUGGAAUAGAUAGACUCAUGCAGAUCAUGAACGUGAAUUUUCCCGAGCUGGGUCUACAGAAAGAGGAUUGUAUUGAAAUGAGUUGGAUAGAAUCUGUAAUGUUCUUCGCUGGAUACCCAAGAAACGUGCCACCUUCUGUCCUCCUUGAAGGAAAACCAUCUUUCUUGAACUAUUUUAAAGCAAAAUCAGAUUUUGUGAGACAAGUAAUUCCGGAAUCAGGGUUAGAUGAAAUCUGGAAGAUAAUGAAUGAAGAAGGAAGUCCAUUGAUGAUAUGGAAUCCAUAUGGAGGAAUGAUGAACGAGAUUUUAGAGUCAUCGACCCCGUUUCCUCACAGAAAAGGGGUACUUUUCAAGAUUCAGUAUGUAGCAUCAUGGAUGGAUCCUGUAAUGGAGGAGAAGCAUGUUGGUGUGCUUCGGAAGCUCUACGAAUGCAUGACCCAAUAUGUUUCAAAUUCUCCAAGAGAAGCCUAUGCAAACUUCAGAGAUCUUGAUCUUGGAAGGAAUGAUAAACAUGAAUUCAUUUACGAUAUAGAUGAUAAGAGACUUUCUUGGGGAAAGAUGUACUUCAAAGAUAACUUCGAGAGGCUGGUGGCAAUCAAGGCUGAUUUCGACCCUGAUUACUUCUUCAUCCAUGAACAGAGCAUUCCGAGAUUGUCGAGAGGGACUAGCUAG